UCACUCUUCAGCAUCAGUCGUUCAAGUAUCUCAGUCCAGUGCGGUCGCGUUGUGUGUGCGUCUUCACUAUUUGAAAAAUAAGAAUAACAACUUUUUGCUGGCCCAUUAUCAGUGUGUCCACUCCAAGACACUUAACAGAGUGUUGUGUGCUUGUGUUUUUGUGUGUGCACAGUUGAUUGUGAGUUUAGAACCCAACAAGUACAAAGCCAUUAAAUCAUGGAUGCGGCUAAAUUGGCAUCGUCGGCCGUGAGUCGAGAAGAUGAGCUUCAGCAAUUGGCAAUCCAUGCGGCCGGAAAUCGAUUCCCAAAUGAACGGAGACCUUACGAAUUGCCACCGAUUGGUAGCGCUGGAUCACCGUAUCAACUUCCUCCGUCGGCGGCAGCUCAUCACAGUGCGUCGGCAGCUGCGAUGAUGGCCCAUCGCCAUUUGGCAGCCGCCGCUUCCGUCAAAUCCGAUCCCAACAUCAAAAUUGAAUUGGAAAACGCCGAAUUGUGGCAACAAUUCCAUCAGAUCGGCACGGAAAUGAUCAUCACAAAGUUGGGAAGACGGAUGUUUCCGACUUUGAAAGUCAACUUGAGCGGAUUGGAUCCCAACACGAAAUACUUUGUCCUGUUGGAUUUAGUCCUGGCUGAUGAUUCUCGAUUCCGUUUCAACGCCGGAUGGCUUCGUUCCGGCAAGGCAGAACCACAAUGGCCGUCGAGGAUUUACACCCACCCGGACAGUCCUGCCACCGGAGCUCAGUGGAUGAAACACGAAAUCUCAUUCCAAAAAGUCAAAUUGACCAACAACACCAUGGAUCAGCAAGGCCACUUGGUUCUCACCUCGAUGCACAAGUACGUUCCACGAAUCCACGUCAUCGCAGCUUCCGAUUACGCAAGCCUCCAUUGGGGAAUGCCUACGACCAUCAACACCGCGGCUUUCAACGUCUGCAGUUUCAUCGCCGUCACCGCCUACGCUAACGAUCGAAUGACGCAACUGAAAAUCGAUAAUAACCCGUUCGCCAAGGGAUUCCGUGAAAACGGCCAGCUUCGAGUGAAAAAGCGACAAUUGAGAGACAGUUCACCUGAAAACCGUAAAAAAUCUCGACCGAGCAGCGCUUCAAGCUCUCAUUCAUCACUCAACAUCACCGACGACGAAUGCAAUCCACCAACAGCGCCCGGAGUCCUCCAGGAUCCUGUCACUCCGCCACCUUCGUUGACAGUUUCGUCGUCAUCGCCCAUCAAAGGUUCACCCACCAACUUUUCAAUCGCUCGCCUAGUGGGAGAAACAACCAGCCCGGCACCCAUCAUUUUCCGACCUGAAAUGCAACAUCAUCAGCCGUCAUCCUUUCACCAUCUUCAUCCAGCCAUCCAUCCGUGGAUGGCAAAUCAGCAUCACCACCAUCUCAGUCCUUAUUCUUCUGUGUUUGCUCCGAGGCUGACCGGAUGGCCUCACCACUUGCCUUUGAUUCCUAUGAUGCACUUUUCUUCCAUGUUCCAGAAUGGCCCUCAUCACUUGAUGAUGGGAAGCCCUGGCUCGACCUCACUCACUGGAAAUCCUAAUGCGAACAAACUGUUUUAAAAAUUCUCGCCUUAUUUUCUUCGUUGUCCCUUUUUUAUUUUCUUUCGUGUAUUCCCUCUAGUCAAAAGGGGUAUGCCGCAUCACGUGCCUUCGCUCCGCACUCCCUGUUGAUAUAAUUGUAUUAUUUUCACGUUGAAUAAUCAAACAAACACAAAACAAAA